CCACAUCGUCCUCCAGCGCAGCCAGCGCAGCCAGCGGAUCCAACACCUUACUUACCCGCACGACCGCCCAAUAUCUCUUACUUUAGGCCGCCUCUCAUCCCACGAUGGAUGAGGAUAUUGUGCUCUCUUCGCACGCGACCUGGAUCCCGAGCUCUCCACCGCUUGACCCACGCUACCGCGGCGUAUCGCCCACGUCCAGCGAACCCGCAGUAUUCUCCAGCGACGACCCACCAGACGCAGCAGAUGUCAGCAACUAUGAGUCACCCAGAUACAAGCGGAAACGCGCCGGCGGAUGGUGGGAAACGGAACCCGGACCGUCUCAACCAGUACCUGAAAGGAAGAAGGCGAAGAUGUCAAGAAACCUCGACUCUGGCGUAUGGCUGCAGAGCGACGGCACCGACAGCUCUCAAGAGGCCAGCGGAGACCAGCCGCCGAGCUCUGACAUCAAUGUCCCCGACCGAUCGCCCUUCGCUCAGGACACUUUGGAGGGGCGCGUCGUACCCGGGACGCAAGAUAUAAGCCCUGCUGAAGCCGAGAUGCGCAGGAUAUUACAAAAGAACCUGGAAUUCGGCAGCACUGUCUACGAACUGAAUGACCUUGGGUUGAACGACGACGAGCUGCAUCACAUAGGCCAGCUGAACCAAGUCAUCCUUGCCCCACCGGAUCCAGGCAUAGACGUGCCAGCCGAAGGACAGUACCGUCCCAUGAUCCCCGAGAUCUUUGUGAGCCUCCACAUGAACAACCUUUCGCUCCUCACGCCUUCUCUAUUUACGCUUCAACACCUUACCACCCUCGUGCUCCGUGGCAAUCACAUCCAGGAGCUGCCGCCGCAGAUUUGUCAUUUACGCGCCCUACGGGCUUUGGACCUCUGCCAAAACAACCUCAGGUGGCUGCCCUUUGAGAUCCUACACCUGUUUCCGCCGCAGGGUCGUCUCCAGCGCUUACAACUAGUCGGCAACCCCCUCGUGGAAGAGGGUACUCUCCGGUCCGCGCUCCUUGGUUCUCUAACCGAUUGUUUGAAUGAAAUUAGUAGGGGCGAGCGAGGUUCCUUCUCAAGCCAGAUUCAGCAACUCUAUAACGCUUUACCGAGGGCGCCGAACCUUAGGACAUACCUCUGUCGUAUACGGUUCGAAGAGACCUGGAACUCAUCACCAAUGUUCGCGACGACCCCCGAUCACCGCAACGUCUUCCCAAUGCGUUAUGGAAGAACCCCGAUUACAUACUACGACCAAGCAGGUCGGAUCCUCAAAGGCUCCUUCGCGCUCAAGGCCAGCAAUACGGGAAAUUCGGACUUGAUCAUGGACACCGCGCGCGGCUCAUACAGGGUCCCUCCAACCUGGUUUGAACCGUCUAGGCGAUCCGGCGCUCCGUCGUUACUCAAGGUCAGCAUCCAUACUGCCCUGGCCAACGAGGAAGGAGGCAUACCCGUGAUUCGAGAGAAACUAGGCGAAGACCCACCUCUUGAUGCCGAUGUGAUGCUCUCGCGCGCUGCAGACAAUAUGGCAUCGGUGUACCGGCACUUUCGCUCCUGCCAUACCUGCGGGAAGGACUAUGUGGUAGCAGCGGCCGAGUGGAUCGAGUUCUGGAGCCGCGGCUUCUAUGAGGUGUUCCCUAUCAUGCUCCGAGUGUGCUCCUGGAAUUGCGUGCCGGACGAACUUGCUAGGAGGCCGCAGGAGUUGCGAUGGUGAUCACCCCGCUACUGAUGGGGCAACCCGGCCCCAGGUACAAUUCCCACGAAGCCGGCAACCAAUAGGUCUCUGACGGCAUUCCAGGAAGUCGUAUCCCAAUUCGCAGUUUCUUUCGCGUCGAUACCACCCAGUCUGAGCUCGAGACCUGGGUCACUCAAUUUGCGGUCGUCCUAUCGCCUUCUAGACCCUUUGUACGCCCGAUC